CUAUUUUCCGUGAGCGCGUGGAUGAAGAAGAAGAUAACGUGCACAGGUCGCGUGGGAGCGUAUUGGAAUGUGGCCCGCCCCGCGCUGCUGUUGCUAGGAGGCGCUGUUGUAGCCCGGAAGAGUUGACCAUGGUGAUGAUGGGCAAAAACCUGAGAUUGAGAGCAUGAGGGUCAGGUUAUUUUAGCCGCAUUUUGUUUGUCUCCCCCGCGACCUCUGUGUGCGCGUCUUGAACACUCGCCGUCUGGAGAAAGGAAAAGGAGAUAUCACCUUUUUUUUUCUCCCUCUCCAUUGUGAAGCUGGGUGACGAGGCUACAUGGUCAGUGUCUCCCAUUCAGAGCGUGGAUGUGUGGGUGUCCAGACAUGGAAAGCUACGAGGAGUUUUGUCUGCGGAGUUUGGCCAUACUGCAGGACGGGGGGAAAUUCAAGAAGACGACUUGUGAGCCACUGUGGUCCCUGGAGGCUCGCUCUGUCAUCUGCUUCCAUGGAAGAGCUGUGCUUUCUCCUCUGCUGAAUGCAGAGCAACGCAGUGAGAUGUGUGACCACAGACAGAGGGCAGUCCAGCUGGAGGUCAACAGACAGAGCCAACAGAGAAACAACCUUUUGGCCCGGGUUCAUGACAUACUGGGCCAAGCUCAGGCACAUAAAGUACCAAGUGAAGAGGUUGAACAUGUGCCAGUUUCUAAAUCUGCAACAGUCAGUGGCUACACCCUGGUCACUGACUCUCCUGGACUCCCCAGAGACCCUGGAUUUGGACUUCAGACAAAUGAUCCACCUGCCACUCCAUGCUCUGAGACCCCCAUCCUUAACGGUUACAAGACAGUGGAGGAAGAGAUGGUGGAGAGGGAAGAAAAGAGUGAGGAGGAAGAAGAGGAGGAGGACAUAAGUUUGGACAGCCUUCUUAAGAGAUCAAGGGAGUAUGUGAAAAGAGAGCAGAGUCAGAAAGGGUCAAAAGUUGUCCACACAGUCACCAGGACUCCCCCACCUGAGACUACCACUGACAAGGAGAAUAGGAACUGCAGUCCCAUGGGGGACAAGGGUGUUGAGUUUGGAUUCAGUCUGCACCAUAGCCCUAUCGGCCCACCUCAGACCCAAAUCCAGCAUCAAACUCUGUAUGACCCCACUCCCCAACAGUCCGGUGGCCUCUCACCUAGUCUAACUGACCGGUAUGCUCGUCUCCCCAGUCCAGAGGCCAGCAUUAGUCCUCGUCCACAGAGGCGCAGACCACGGCCAGUUUCUACAGGAAACAUUCAUAUUUCGUUUCCCAUCGGCCCAGCAGACCUUAUCCCCCGAAGCCCAGGAAGGUCAGGGGAAGGUGCUGGCAUGGCAGAUUGGGGAGAAGCUCUCUCAGGGCCCACAAAGUCCUCAGAACACUUGGGCUCAGUGAGGGGUGAAAGUGAGGGCGGUGUUGGCAUGAAUAAUCGUCGAUUCAGCCACUGUGGUACCAGCCCAGAACAGGAGACCUGUAGCCCCGUUAGUACCUCAGGGCUAAGCCCGAAGGGACACCAUGACCAUCUGGCUGCAGGAUUUCGUCGGCGCUCCCACACCAUGGACAGCCAGCUGCAUAGCUACCACUCUGGGGUUGAGCAUAUAGACCGCAGCCAGGAAAGGGUUCCUCGUUUCAUGGCAGGAGUCACAUGGAUGGCUCCAAGCUGGCGCACCCCUGCAGCCCCCUUGAACCAGUCGUAUGAGGUAGAUAAUCCCUCACCAUCUCUGCUGAGGCCCCGCGUUACUCCUGAUUUGGCUCAGGUCACACUCAGGAUGGAGCCUGAUGAUCCUCAGGGGACAAACAAUGGAAGGAUCACACCGACUGUCUGCAUCAGAAAUGCAGCUGAUCCACAGAACAGCAAGACAGAGGAGACCCAGAGGAGAGCACAGACUCUGGAGGACAGGCAAAGGCGUCUGGAGGAGGAGCAUGCCUUGCAGAUGUCGCUGCUCCUGGCUGAACAGGAGCAAGAGCAACAGCGCCUCCGUUUGGAGCUUGAGGAGACCGAGAGAAGACUGAAAGAGCAGACCUGUGAGGAUGCCUGUGGAUGGACUUGUAGGUCUACGAGUGACAGCUGUCCUGUUGUGAGUCCCCCCUGCCCAGGACUAAGCCCAGCCCACACACCAUCUGAGCGAUCACCUGGACACAGUAUAGGUUUUCCAAGUCCUGUAAGUUCCAGUGUGUCCACUCCCUCUGUCCAGCCUCCCGUCUAUUUGUGGGGGCCGACGUGGGUAGUAAGCAAACCUCGAGCAAGGCUAAGUCUGGUUCUGACAGCAGAGCAGCAGAGAGCAUUCUGUCGAAUUGGUGCCAUCAUUCGCGGCUUCCUCACACGCAGGCUGCUCAAAACAGAGAAGGUCAAACACCUACGCCAGACCAUCGUGGAUACACAGGAGUUCAUCCGUUCAUUCCAGACUGAAGGUUCACAAAAGAAAGGCACCUACUCAGCACAAGAUCGCUCCCUGCAGGAGAGAGUUAGAGCCCAGUUACGUGCAGCCAUUUAUGACAUCCAUGACAUCUUCUUUGAAAUGCCUCUGGGGGAUCGAUUAGCAUUGCUGCAGCAGGACAGGGAGCUCCGAGCAGAGAGGAAGCUACGAGACAUGGAGAAAGCCAAAUGCCCCAAGGAGAGGGUGGUUCUGUCUGCUGCCACACAGAGGUCUCUAGACAGGAAAAAGAGGGUUGGCGAAUCCCCAGCACAGGCUAGGAAGAUGCAACAGAAGCCAAAGAGCCCCACCACCAGCAGAGUCCUGAAGCCAAGCCAAGGCCAAAACUCUCCUGUUCCAGGCCAAAUGAACCGCCAGGGGAGCUGGUACAGAAGAACCCCAGAGGAGAGAGUGAAGCGUACAGACAGCCUGAAGAAGCAGCACUCUCUGGGUUAACAGCCCCCUGAUGUAUGAACUUGAAUUUUUACUCUUUGAAUACAAACCUUGCACCACUGAAACUCAGUCAGAGCUGCUAUUGUUACAAUUGUCUUCUGAAAAUCAAAUGAUUGUAUUCACUAUCACACUUGAUAUACACCAUCACAAUGGCGCUGGACCGUGCUAAAAUAGUUUUUAGUAGCAACAACUGAUGUGCACAAAACUCACAUGUAGCUUGAUGUGGAGUAUCUAAUCACUAGGUAUGUACAUUUUAAAUCUUUUUGAAAGAGUAUCUGUACUUAAAUGCAACUCAAAGAAGGUCAGUGUUGAGGGAAAUAAGUCCAUUUUUUAUCUGUGCCUGAGAACUAUGCCUUCGCUAUCUGUAGUGUUUUAGCAUGUAUAUAUUUAACAUCUGUGUUCAUGAACAUCUAGCGCUUACAGAUGUGUGAAUUCACAAAUAUCUGUUUCAUGCUGACAGUCACAUAAAGUAGUUGCCAUAAAGUAUUUAGAAGUAUUUAAGUGUGUAUAAUUCAUGAAGGUUUUUGUUCAAGGGCUUUGAGUACCUGUUUGUGCUUUACUUUUUUAUUAAAUGGUGCUGAGUUUACAGUACUUUGAGACAUUUCAGCGUGUUUUAACAUUUGACUUAAGUUAAUGCCAAAUGUAAAAAAAAAAGAAAGAAAAGAAUUUAAUGUAUUUGUUAACUGACAACUACACUAGCGUUGUUGCAUUAAUGUAGCUUCACAUAACAGGACAUGCACAGCGGAUGCUCAGUGUGGAGUUUCAUU